AUGCCAAUUGAAACAAAAAACACCAAGGUCGUCUGGGGAUUCAUGCUCGAAAACACUUAUUUCAUGGAGUUUGAUCACUCAAACCAUGCAAUUAUUGAAUUAGCUUAUCGUCAGCGACGAUCACGCCAGGCAAGCCAUUACAUUACAAUUCGAGAUUCCAACCUGCCUUCGCCAGCCAGAGUUUACUUUGGGGUUGCCCAAGUUCAUCUAAGAAUGCCUGGUACACGCUACUAUGUCAAGAGGCGCGUACUCAAGGUAUCCACACCAGCUUCAACUCGACGCCAAGUCCAAACCCAAGCCCAAUCUCUAGCUCCAACGUCAGUUCAAGCUCCAGAUUUAGCCCAUGCUCCAAUAUUAGUUCAAGAUCAAGAUCAAGCUCAAACUCAAGCUCAAAGCCUAUCUCUAGCUAUAGCCGCUACAUCUUCAUCUUCGCCUUUGUCUUUAUCAUCAUCAUCAUCAUUUUCAUCUUCACCGUCAUCGUCCUUAUCAUCAGCAUCGUCUUCUUGCUUGCCAAGCCCUAUCUCAGAUCCAAUCUUGAGCAGUUCCAGUUAUGAGCCCUUUCCAACUCAAUUAGAUCCUGCUUUUGAAGCUAUGUUGUGGAGUGGAGACCUUGGGUGGUCUUUGCAAACUCAAGCAUUUUUACAACCACAACAACCAUUUCAGUCCUAUCCGCAGCUCUAUAAUCAGCCUCCUCUUUCUCUUCUUCCUCCUCAUCUUCCUCCUCAAUCUCUUUCUGCUACUUCUGCUACUGAUACUACUAUUUCUGCUCCUGUGAUCCAAAACCAGUAUCUGUCGGCAAAUAUAGAAACACCUGUCGAAAGGUUAUUGUGGGACCAGUGGUUUGAGUCUGCAUCUGCGCAAGAUGUUUAUCGAACUCCUUUUAGUACUGCGCAACUCGAUUCUUACACUUCACUAUUGCCAUAUUAA